AUGGACUUGAACCUGCCGUGGGCACUGAUCUCUUCCAUCCAGAAGCGCUGGAUCUCGGAGAAGAUGAACAUGGGCCAGGAUCAGGGAGGCAUCGUGGAGAAGGAGGACCCCUUCCUGAAGAUCCUGGAAGCCAACCGGGAGCGCCUUUCGACCAAGUUGCCCGGGCAGGUGGGCAGCAACGCGGGCACUCCUGUGAACUCCCAUUCGGCACGGCCGAUGCUUGACCUCGGUGCCUUCGAUGAGCAGAUCACGGCGGCCGCAUACCGUGCCAUCUACCCACUGCACGAGGAGAUGAUCUCCCAGCUCACAGCCGCGAAGGAAGAUCUGGCCAGGAAGCUGGAGAACAGCCAGGAGGCGGUCUCCCAGAGGAUGGACUUCUCCCAGGUCACCAUGCUGCAGACCGUCAACGCUUGCCAGGUGCUGUUGCACAAGCUGGAUUCCGCACAGGAGGCCAUGCUCCAGAAGGUGGAUGCGCAAAAGGCAAGCAUGGAUCAGCUCUCGACUUCGUACGCCAGCCUGCACGGCUUCAUCACAGGCGUGCAGGACAGCACCAAGCAGGCCUUGGUGGACACCGUCAACACGUCCUCCAACGUAUUGUUGCAGAAGCUGGACGCCACGCAGCAGGACCUCCUGAAGCAGUCCCAUGAGUCCCAUGUGCUUUUGCAGGGUGUUGCGACGACGCAGACCUCGAUGGCUGAGAAGUUUGCAGAUGGUCACGAAGUCACGAACCGUCACCUCCUGGAGAUUGAUGGCACCCUCAGGCGCAAGAUGACAGAGCUGGAGGACUCAGUCACCAAUUGCUGCACUGCAUCCUCUGAGAAGCUGCUAAGCUCCCUCCGCGAAGACAUGAGCACGCUCACAGACCAGGGAUCUGCCAUCAUCGAGAAGGUGAAGCAAUCUGCCGCGGUCCAGGAAGAGCGGGUCUCGGAUGUCCGAAGGCACAGCAUGAUGAUCAUGGACAUCCUGACCGGAACGCAGGAGACAAUCCACAACAGUUUGGAGUGCAUUCAGAACUUCACGAGGGCGGAGCUCAUGCGGGACCCUGCUGCUCAGCUGGAGACCUCCAUGCGAGAGGUGUUGGUGCGUCAGAUGGGCAAGCUGAAAGAGGCCUUGCUGGGUGAGGACACAGGGAGUGACGCCUUGAACCUGAAGGACUUGGUGUCAGGCCUCACCAACCGCCUCGAGGCCAGCGCUGAGCGCCUGGAGCUUUGCCAGGCCAACGCCCCAGCAGCUGUGGAUGUGGAGGAGGCCAUAAGACGGGAGUUGGAGGCCGUGGUUCUGGCGCUUGCCUCGCAGCAGCGCGACAGUGGCCAGCCCAAUCUCAGGCAGCUCGGUGAGCUCCUGCGCGGGGAGCUGGGCAUGCUCAAGGACGCGCAGUCCGCCUCCGCCGCGUCUCUGCAGGAGAAGGUCGGCGAGUGGACCAGCGCGGUCACCGAGAACAUGAGCCGCUUCGAGUCUGGCCUGGAGAAGGUCUUGCAGAGCGUCGAGCUCGAUAAAGAGAAGGCCGAGAAGGCAGCAGCCUCGGCGGGAUCGCGCCGCAAGAGCCAGAACAGCGAGAGGUGA